GCUUUCCAGAAAGAACUCGCGUGAUAGAUGAGACUAUCAUUGUAUUGUAUUGCAUCAUGUUGUCAUCUCGACCGGCACAUCCGUUCCUGUAUGCAAAUUUCUCGAAGGAAUUCCACAGGGAAUUUAAGAAACUUUGGGGCUUGUUGACAAAACGAAUCGCUACAGUUAAGUGAGAAGUCAUUUUUAGCUCGCCUUAACUGGUGAGCCAAUAUAAACCCAAACGAUUUUAUUAUCAAAAGCUGAAGUUGAAACCAUCUGGUAUUAUUUCCCAGGCAGAUAUGCAACCUUAUAUUAUGGUAUUUUUCCAAAAAUAGAUACUGUGUUUACGGUCGCAUGCACACAUGUAUGCAAUGAUAACACUAUUUCAAUAAGUUCAAUCUGUUACUUUCACAUCAAUACAUUUAAACCACUCUCUUACUGCGAAUUGAAAAUAAAGUUUUCAAUCUGAUUACCCGAGUUAAAAGGAAAAACAUCACGUGGUUUUCGCGGAUACAGCUACCCUCGACUGGCUGAAAACCCCGCUAAGAACAGCAUUUUUGGAACUCUGUAUCUCUCCAUAAGAACAAAAGUCGACGAGGGUGGAUCACGUUCUUCUUGAUUUAGCGUUGACACUGUAAUAGAGAAUGAUGCGAUAUCGGCAUCCCUGCAGACAGAUCUUCCGGAGAAACUUCGGCUUCCUCGGUCUCCUCCUUCUCUGUGUAAGUCUGUCGGCUUUCACGUUAUUCAUAAGAACAGAAUGGAUGAAAGAGCCCGUCCAUUUAACUGAGCGGCGGAAGCGGUUCUUAUUGGAUGAAAGCGACAUCAAGGAAUACCAUCUGAAGAGUACCAGCGAGGAAGAACUAGGGACCAUUUUUAUACCCUACCGGGGCAAAACAGCCAGAAAGGGCAGGAUGAAUUCUGGGAGAAAGCCAUCAACACGUAUUGGUCCAACUGAACCAAGACGAAUCGUUUUCUUUUCAUACGGUGAUGAUCUAUCGUCAAAAUUGACGGAUUUCUUCGCAGUGCACCCCGAUGUGUUUCUGAUGCGUGGUACAUUCGCGAAUGAGAAUAACUUUGAAACAUCCCUCGGAGGAUGCACGGCUGCUGCCUUGGGAAAGCUUACAUCGCCGAGGGUGGAUAGAUGUAGGAAAAGAAGAACCUGCCAUUCGCCAUCAACGGAAAAUCUUGUUAAAAAGUGCAGGGAACGCCCUUAUCAGAUGUUCCAAAUCACGGCUUCUGACAUGACGAAGAAAUUCGAUUGGGUUCCUAUCGUUUGCAAACUCACUAAAUCCGAUGAAAACCUGGUAGUCGUUCAUUUGAUGGCUGAGCCUCUGGAUAUUGUUUACAAUCGGUUGGUGCAUCAAUUGACAUUAGCAAGGCGUGAUGAGUUGAAUAACAACGAUACCGCUUCGGCCUUGGACGAGGGGAAGAAACUCUGCAUUCGUAUUCGCGGCGAUCUGUCUUCACUACACAAAGCCGGCUGCAGCGGGGAGAAAAUUAAGUCGUUUUCUGUGAAAAACAUCAUUCUAAAUCUUCCAGACAGUUGGUUGGAGCUCCAUAAUUACAUUGGAACGUAUGUUGAUGACCGUACAAAUGAUUUGUUGCAAGAGAAUAGUAUAGCAGAGACUUUGAAAGCCCGAUUACAUCGGAUGCAUUCGACGAGGCAUCAUCUAUUUCCUGAAACGUUUGUAAAGCACUUAAACGAAGCAUGUGGUGGUAUUGAAAUAUGA